UCAUAACUUUUAAUCUGAACUUAGCUAACUUAAUAAAAAAAUAACUGUUCAAACCAGGAAAUGAAGAUUGUUGACACGACCCUUCAUUGAACCAUCAUUGGAAUAUACAUGAUACAUUCUUGCAGUCAUUGAUGUCAAUAAGACAAGACGCAUUUAAACUUUUUAUUUUGUUUAGUUUGUAUCAUGUGUAUGUGUUGAACUCAUAUGUUCAAGUUCUUAAACCUUACAACUCAAGCCUGUCAAGAGCAAGAAUGCAAAAGGUUGAACAAAAAUUGCAAAAAGUCUCUCUGGGACAAGGAAACAAUGCAAAAACAAAGACAAUCAGAAUCUACCUGGUAACCUGGAAUGUGGGUGGGACUGGACCAUGCAAAGAUCUGACAGAGCUGCUUGACCUUCAAGCCAAGACACUGCCUGACAUAUAUGGCAUCGGGUUCCAGGAAAUGGACCCAUCAGAAAGUGAUGAUAAGACAAAUCAGUGGACAUCUAGACUGACUGAUACUUUGGGAGAACGGGAUUACGUCCGGCUGAAGGUGAUCAGAAUGCAGGCCAUAUCCCUGCAGGUGUAUGUGAAGCGCUCCUUGCUACUCAACAUCACAAGCGUAGAGUCUGAGUUCUCCAAGGCGGGCAUGGGCGGCUGGUGGGGAAACAAGGGAGGUGUUAGUAUACGCUUUGAUAUCGGAGGGGUUAAUCUGAUCAUCGUUAACACUCAUCUUGCUGCACACCUGGAGCAGAUGGCAGAGCGAAUUGAGGAUUUUAACACAGUCCUACAGACACAGAAAUUUAGGGACCCUGAUGUUGAAAAUAUCUUGGACCAUGACUACGUGUUUUGGAUGGGUGAUCUCAACUGCAGAAUAGAGGGUCUCAGUAAAAAUGAAGUGCUGAAACUUAUUGAGGAAAAUAACAUUGAAAAGCUGCUGAAACACGAUCAGCUGAAGCAAGCACAACAGGAAGGCCUGAUGUUUGUGGACUUCAAUGAAGGACCUAUCACAUUCAAACCUACCUACAAGUUUGACAAAGACACUGAUGUUUAUGAUACGAGUACAAAGGAGCGAGUACCGUCCUGGUGUGACAGAAUACUCUGGAAGGCGCACGCUGACAUCGACGGACUUCAGGUCCAAAAACGGAAAUACUACAGUCCAGCCUACAGUUACGGUGACCAUAAACCAGUCGCGGCAAAGUUUGAUGUCAAUUUGUUGCACUAUAAAAGCCACAUGGCUUAUAAGGAGAGUGACCACAAGCCCAUGAGUGGAGCUUUUGAUGUCAAAAUUUUCACAGAGCAGCCAUAUCCAUUUGUGAACUUUGACCCGAUCUCAAAAUGGCAGUAUGGGAAAGAUGGAACAUUCCAUUACACAGUCAGAAAGGGUAUACAACCAGACACCUCCAGCUGGGAUUGGAUUGGACUCUACCCUGCGAAUUUCAAGACAUUUGAUGAUCAAAAAACAUUUGUAUAUGCGAGGAACAAUGCAGAGGACUACAAGGAAGGGGCUGCAUUGGCGUUUGCUGGCAAAGAUCUGAAAGUGCCUCCUGGAAAAUAUGUGCUCUGUUACAUCAGCAAAUACAAAACAUGGCUUAGGGGAAUGAGCAAUGUUUUUGAGAUUGUACCUUAGAGAAUCCUAAUCACUAACUAACACACGAGAAGUGCCUAGUUAUAGCCUCACAGAACACCAUUCAUUUGCCUAUCAACCUUGUUACCAAAGAAAUUAAUGAUUAUAGAUUGUAAGAUAUCUAAAUGUACAUUAUGGAUUAUUUGCGCGUUGGAACUUUCUUACCAUAGCAACUUCUGGUAAAUUAAUGUACACUAUUGCUGAACUAUGCAUAUGCCUUUUUUUUCUACAUUUAUACUGUUUUACAUAAUUGAUUUGUUUUUUUACAUGUAAGUAAUAUUCAGACUUUUGUUGUACUAAUAUAUAUAUUUUUUAUUUAAAAAGUGUAUAAAAUACUACAUGUACAUUUGUUGAAAUAAUAGGGGUACUUCUUGUGGUUUGCCAAGGUAAAAAAAUGCAGACUCAUGUUUGAAGAUGAUCAAAUUUACAGUUUAUCUAUUUUACAAUUUAUGUAUAUGUUGUUAUCAAAGUUGUGAACAAAAGUCAGCUGCAAUUAUAUGGGGUUUGUAAAUUAUUUUGCUCAUAAUUAUUUCUGUAAGGGUCCAUUGGUUGUUGUUGUCCAUGCUCCAAAUGGGAGGCACAUAGUCAGAGCUCCAGAUAAGAUGCGUACCUGCCUAUUUACGAAUUGAACAAUCUAAAAAUCGGUUCAGUGCGUAACAUUACGCAAUGCAAAUUGAUAAGUUUUUUUUAAUCCAUUAAAGUGCGUAACCAGUUUAAUCAAUAAUCCAGAUGAGUAUGAAUCAAAGGAAAGUCAAUCAAAAUAAGCAUGUAACAAAAUGGCGGCCCAUCAUGUUUGUGGAUCAAAAAAGGGACGUUUUUUUUACAGAAAGUCUGUUCAUAUCACCUUUUAAAAUAUAUUUUGUUUGCAUGUAUUUAUAACAAAUAAUAAUAUUUCUCGAUUUAACAUGCCAUGUACUAUGUCAGUUUUCUAUUGAAAUGGAAAAUACCCCUCCAUAUUCCUAAAUACCCUUUAUUGCUGAAACAAAGGAGUAAAAUAUGCUUUAACAAUAAUAUCAGGGGGUAUAAUACCCUUUAGCCUAAAUCCUUAUCUGGAGCUCUGCACAAAGUUAUCACAUUGUCCUUUCUUCCCUCUUACUGUCUGUCUGUCUGUCUGUCUGUCGCGCUUUUUGAGAAGAGCAUAAAUCAGGAAAAAUUUAAAGGGAUUUAAAUGUAACUUUUUUUAAAUUUAGAGGGCUUUAAAGGGACGUGCAAAGAGCAAGAACAACAACUAUAAUCAGGAAGGAAGUUUUUCCCCUUAAGUUAUUUUUCUUUUGUGGAGGAGAACUUACAUAGUCUUGAAAGUAUUCCAUUUAAACAUGGAACCUCUGUAAUUUAUAAAUGGCUUAGAGAUAAAGUGCUGAUUAAAAGCACCAUAACUUUGCAGUAUUUGUAUAGUUAUUGCAAGUGUCAAUUUUCCUGUACACUUUAUAAUUCGAUUAAAAUGGAAAUUAUUAAGUUGAAACUUUAAAGAUGUACAGAAAUCUUUAAGGAGAGCCCAAUGACAUAGUGUUUUUUUUUAGAUUAUUACCAAAAUAGCAUUAUAGCGAUUUACAUGAAACCUCAUUUAAUAAUGGUCGAAUUCUUGAAGAGAAAGUGCUGAGUACAAGAACAAAAAACUCAUUAUUUAAUUUUUUUUAGUAAUUGCCAUUCAUUAAAUUUUCAUGUAAAUUAAAAAGAAACAUCAUACAUCCUUAGAGGUCAUUGAGAUUUCUUUUUUCAAUAUUUAAAUGAUAUUGUCUGUUUUCUUAAACUUUGAAGGUCGAACAAUUCUUUGCAGGGAUUUUGCUUGGACAGUGACAUCCCUUGUUGAAGAUAUUUAAUGCUCAUAUUUUAUUUUGAUCUGGUUUUAUACAUUUAAUCCUUUCAUGUUUAAAUAACCAAAGCAUGUGUUUGUAAAUAGAUGUGUUGUUCAGUAAAUUUAAUAAAUGUAGUUUUGGGCAAUUAUUUACACUGUAGUUGAUAAUGUUAGAUUAAAAUAUCUCAUUUUUUGUUUACCGGUAAUUUUUGAUUGAUUUUGAACUUUAUGUUUUCAAACUUGUCAUUUAGUUUCCAAAAAUUUUCUAUUUGUAUUGUUAUUUCUGUAAAUACCGCUUGAUGGGUCAUUAUUGGGUAAGGAACUACUAAAAUGUACCCCUAGUACUCUUAAGUAUACUUUAAUGUACCUGGGUAUGGUAAAUAUACAAACACGUACUGGACUAAUUUAGACUGCACCCAAGUUUUAAUUCCGCCCCAAAUCCGAUGUCGUAAAACUCGCUAAGGAAACAAAAACAAAAUUUUUCUUUCGAUAAAACCUGCUUCAACAUGUUUUUUGAGAGGCAGUUUUGAUAAUAUACAGGCCAUUUUACUGAAUAUUGACAUAAAUAUGAACAUUAUUAAUUUGAAGUAUAUUUUCCAUACUUGGGGUACAUUUAAGUAUACCUAAGAGUACCAGAGGUACAUUUAUUUAGUUCCCGAACCCACAAUGAUCAAUCAAGCGUAAAUAAGAGCUACAUGUUAGCAAUCUUUAACUUCCCUCAGAUGAAUGAAAUACAGCUUCAUUCACUUAGAUGUCCACAAUAUUUGUGGAGUUUUUUAAUCCCCCACAAAAAAAUUUGCGUCAAGAUAUAUAGUUUUGGCGUUGUCCGUCACAAUUUCUUUAGUGCUUUAUCUAAAAUAACUUUAAAAGAUUUUAACAUGUAACUUCAUAGGUGUAUAGAUAUUAAUGAAGAGAAGUGCCUUGCACGGGAACAAUAAUGCUGUACUUUGUUAAAGAAGAGGAUAUUGCCCUUUGUUGAUGAUGUAACUUUUCAGGGCUAUAUCUCAGAUAUGAUACAAGAAUUAAACUUCAUGGGUAUAUUGAUAUCAAUGCGGAGAAGUGCCAUGCUCAAAUGACCUUUUUUUAGCUCGGCGUUUUUGGAGAAAACCCGAGGUAUUGUCAAAGCCAGCUUGUCGUCCGACAUCUUACGUCCGCCGUCCGCGUCGUGCUAAAACCUUAACAUUUUGUUAAGGUUUUGAACAUUGGCUCUAAAAUCAAAGUGCUUCCACCUACAACUUUGAAACUUCAUAUGUAGAUGCACCUGAAUAAGUUCUUCAUGCCACAUCGAUUUUGGGGUCACUAGGUCAAAGGUCAAGGUCACUGUGACCUUAAAAAAAAUAAUUCUGACAAGCUUUCAUUUAUUAAAAACUGCACCCGUAGCAGAGUGUGGCACCCGUUAUGCGGUGCUCUUGUCUAGUUCUGCACACAUUAAUAACUAAAUUAUUUGGCGAGGGAUAUCAAUUCAACGCAAUUGCUUGUAUGUUAUGUCAUUGCAUUAGGAGAUCAAAUGUCAACAAAUUUUACAAUGCGAACGACUCAUUUAUCUCGUUGUUAGCAUGGAAAAAACUUUUUUCCUUGGAAAAAAGUGUUUCAGAUAAAAAAAUAUUGACAUAUCAUUAAAAAAUGUCUGUUCAUUAGUGCAUGGACAAUAUAUGAAAGAAUAUGUUUUAAGUUAACUAUUCUUGUAAAUAUAAAAUAUAUAUGUAUAUGUGAGCAUAGUCAUGCAAAAAUGGGUUUUUCGAUGUAUGCCGCCAGCGUAGCUCCAGACCAGUGUAUUUGCACAGUCUUGUCUGGAGCUACACUAAACACACACUAGCAAUUUUCGUAUUACUCGGCUCAUAUACUGUUGAUCGCAUUCUAGCUACGUUUCAGGUUUAAGGUGUUAAACCAGCUCUUCCAUCUUGUGACAUAAUCCAUAUCUUUCUAUUUUUAGAAAAGAACACACUCGUUGUUAAGUUUAAUGUUAAUACUAUUUUAUUAUACAAGUUUAUUAUAUAUACAUAUAAAAUAAAAACUUGUAAAGAAAA